AAAUACUAAAUACAGGAAUAUGGGAUUAGCUUUAUUCACACACUUAAAAAAAUAAUAAAAAAAUGCCUUCUUUUCUAACACAAAAAUCUGAUAUGCAUCUAUUUUCUGUUUCAAUCUUCUUCUUGAAAAGAAAGGAUCUUUCAUACAUUUAAAGAAAGCUCAGAUGUGUGAAGUAGCAUGAGUUUUACUGAAGUGAUCUGAACUGGAUCAUUUAGUUGAACACCGAGUUUUACUGAUGGGGUCUAUAUUAAGUGUAAAUAGUUCAAAGACUGUGACUAGCAAGGUUCUUGAAGUAACCCAAAUCGAAAGUUGCAAGAGACAGAGGUUGUCUUGUGAGGGGAAUGCAAGAUUGAUUCCCAGCCUUCCUGAUGAGAUUUCGAUUCAGAUCCUUGCCAGAAUUCCUAGGAUUUGUUACCUAAAAAUGAAGUUAGUAUCUCGGGCUUGGAAAGCAGCCAUUGUGAGUACUGAACUUUUCAAUGUUAGAAAAGAACUUGGAACAACUGAGGAGUGGCUCUAUUUAUUAACAAAGGUUGAAGAUGACAAGUUUCUAUGGUAUGCCUUAGAUCCGUUGUCAAGAAGAUGGCAGAGGUUGCCAAUAAUGCCUGGUGUUUCUUUUGAAGAUGAGCCCGGAAAAGGUAUCUGGAAUGUAGUGGGCUCAAGUGUCAAAAUUGCAGACACAGUAAGGGGUUGGUUUGUAAAGAAGGGCCAACAGGCUCCUUUACCCUUCCAUGGCUCUGCUGUUGGAGCUAUUGAUGGCUGCCUCUAUGUGUUAGGGGGACUCUCUAAAGCUUCAGCUGUGAGAUGCGUGUGGCAGUAUAAUCCAGUUCUAAAUGCUUGGAGUGAGAUGAGUCCAAUGUCCACUGGUAGAGCCUUUUGUAAGACUGGCAUCUUAAACAAGAAGCUUUAUGCUGUCGGAGGAGUUACUAGAGGCCGUGGUGGAUUGAUCUCGCUUCAAUCUGCCGAAGUGUUUGAUCCUCAUACUGGUGUGUGGUCUGAAAUUCCAAGCAUGCCUUUUUCCAAGGCUCAGGUGCUGCCUACUGCUUUUCUGGCAGAUUUGCUGAAGCCCAUUGCAACAGGAAUGACAUCAUACAGGGGGAAGUUGUUUGUGGCACAGUCUCUGUAUUGCUGGCCUUUCUUUGUUGAUGUGGGAGGAGAGGUUUAUGAUCCGGAGAUGAAUUUGUGGUGUGAAAUGCCAGCUGGCAUGGGCGAUGGUUGGCCAGUAAAGCAGGCAGGAACAAAAUUGAGUGUCACAGUUGAAGAUGAAUUGUAUGCACUGGAACCAUCUAGUUCUCUUGACAGUGCUAGAAUCAAGGUAUAUGAUUAUCGGACUGAUACCUGGAAAUUUUUAGUUGGAGAUGUUCCUAUUUGUGACUUUAGUAACUCGGAGUCUUCCUAUUUACUUGCUGGUUUACUUGGAGAGCUCCAUGUGAUUACUAAAGAUGGCAAUAACAACAUUAGAGUUAUGCAAGUAGAUGUACAAAAUCAUUUAGAUUCAUCCUCAUCGUCUCAGUCAUUUUCAUUUAAUGACUCCUUCCAUCAAAAGGCGGAGUCUGGCGCAGAAUCAGAAACACCUCUUUGGAGGGUCAUUGCGACUAGGAGCGCCAGGUCUGCUGAUCUGGUUAGUUGUCAGACCAUUGAUCUUUAGUUUCAUUUCAGCUAGAACUUUUACGUUGCUGUAAUUUGUGUGGAUUAUCAGGCUACAUACAUUAAAUACAUUUUUAUUACUGUUACAAAGAGACGACAUAAAACUGAAAAACAAAAGAAGAAAAAUAUGUUGAUAUUGAAAAUCUGUAAUGUGAUUAGUGAUAUAUAUUGGGCACUUGUUUUUCAUGCAUU